AUGCACCAGAUCCUGAGCGCGAGGCAACUCAAUGCAUUCCGACCCUUCCAGGACCUCGAGUCCAAGCAUCUGCUGUACGAGUACCUGCAUAAGCCCGACAAGUGGUACCUAGCCAACAGCCGCUACUCGAACUCGGUCAUCAUGAGCAUCGUCUUUGGCAUCCGCUCGGAUAUGGAUAAUCCACGCCUCGCGGCUCUGAACACUUCCAUGGAGAAGUUCAUCAAAAACAUACAACCGGGCGUCAACAUAGUCGACGUCUUCCCGGCCCUGGCCAAGCUCCCAACGUUCCUACAAUGGUGGUGGCGUCGUGGAAAUCAGAUCUACGAGGAGACAAGGAGCGUGUGCGCGCUGGAGCUGCAAAUGCUGAAGGAACGCAAGGCGGCUGGCAAACAGCGACCGUGCUUUGCAACCGACCUGCUCGAAAAGAGCAAGGAGCUGGAGGCUUGGGGCGAGACUCAGACGCUGUACGUCUUCGGCACACUCAUGGAGGCCGGCACUGACACCACGAGAGUCUCAAUCGCGCAGGCCGUUGCGGCCAUGGCCGCCUAUCCGGACUGGGUGGAUCGUGCCCGUAAGGAGCUUGACGAGAUAUGUGGACACAGCGCCGAGAGGCUGCCCGGGUUCGAGGACCGUCAGAAUAUGCCAUACAUGAACGCCGUGACCAAGGAGAUCUUCCGCUGGCGACCUAUCAUCACGGAGAUUGGCGUGCCUACCACACUCACAAAGGACGACGAAUACGAGGGCUACCGUUUCCCGGCCGGCACCGACUUUAUGUGGAACGCGUGGCACAUCUGUCUGAACCCGGAGGAGUACGAACAGCCGGAGCGCUUCUGGCCGGAGCGCUUCCUUAACGAGGAUCUGGAAAAACCCCUCAAGGGCCACUGGAGCUUUGGCACUGGUCGCCGUGUCUGCGUCGGCUGGCAAGUAGAGGACGAUCCAAUCGACACCAUGAAUAUUUCUCAGAUGGACUGGGACAAGGCGCCGUUCAAGGUGAAGAUUGUGCCGCGUAGCGACAAGCAUGCCGACCUUGUUGAGCGACUAGGCUCGGAAGCUGCCAAUACCAUGUACUAA